AUAUUGCUUCUAGUGUUUGAAGUCCAUCCUUUCAAUCGGAUUAACGAAUUGAGUCUCCCCUUUCUUAAAACCUAAUUAGUGCCUUCCCCUGAUAUCGCAUGAAACUGAACAGUGCUUAGUCUUCGCCGCAGUUUCGACCACGCGGGCGGCAGCGCCGCAUUUAGGGAGAACUGACCAAGGAUGGGGGAGUUUGGAUAAGCAUACUCACCAAAACAAUGGCAACGAAUUAAAAACCCUAACUGUAUAUUUCUGGAAUAUGGCUUCAUCGAGAGUGAUCGCGACCUCAUCAUCCGGGAAAUCUAAUAUCUCGCGUCAGUCUUCUCUCUACCCGAAGCCAUCAGCGGAGCUUCAGAAUUCCACAAGCGAUGGCGAUCCCCCAAAGAGUCUUGGCUCCAUGGUUAUGGAUGAUCUCAUUCGAAAUAUGUAUGGAGAUAACGUGCCGCCAGUUUCACCAUAUGCCGGCUGCGUGGAGACGCCUUCCAUGAAGAGUGGGGGGGUCAUGACAGCUGAGGAUGUGUGGAGAGAGAUCACUGUAGGAAGGCAAGCGGAAGGCGGCGGCGAAGUGGAUGCCUUUUUGAGCGAAUCAGAGAGCAAGGAUGCUGGGGAGAUGACUUUGGAGGAUUUCCUGGCUAGGGCAGGGGCUGUGAUUGAAGAGGAGGUUAGGGUUUCGUCGGGAGUUCACUCGGCGGGUCAGGCUGCGUCUGACCAAUUUGUGCAGCAACCACUGACCAUCGAAAAUCCGGUUCGGGUGUUCGGGAACGGGACGGAGGUUGUUUCUAUAGGGGGAGGGAGAGGUAGGAGGCGGCAUCUGCUUGAUCCGGAGGAUCGGAUUACAUUGCAAAGGCAGAAGCGGAUGAUAAAAAACAGGGAGUCUGCAGCCAGGUCUAGAGAGAGAAAGCAGGCUUAUACAGCGGAGCUGGAAUCUUUAGUCCAUCAGCUGGAGCAGGAGAAUGCUCAGCUGCAUAUUGAGCUGGAACAAGUCAAUAAAGAGAGAUUUAAGCAGCUUAUGGCGAUGGAGGUUCCUUUCACCAUGAAGAACAAGCCCCCUAGACAGGUUAGAAGGACUAGCUCGGGCUGAUUAGAUUACAUUAGGGAAAGAAGAAGAGACAUAUAUUUGCACAUUCUGGCUUCCGACUCUUGAGAGUGUAGAGAUCAACUUGCAGGCAGUACAUCUCCAACCAUGGAUUUCUUUGCUUAGUUUCAUCCCAACUGUUUUAGAGUUUACAAAAUUUCACUGUAAACGGAUUAUUAGAAAAAAAAAAAAAUGCAAGUGUGAUAAUAUGUAGAGUGCAUAGAUAUUAGUAGGAACUAUAGAUUUAAUAUAUGUACAUGAAUUCUUUUUUU